AUGGGGACGGGGCAAGGCCACGCGAGCCGCCUGGAGGACCCGCGUGGGAGCCCUGGACGGCAUCUUACUGGCCACUCUCUCCUGCCCUGCAGGGCUGCGCAGUAUGCUUGCUGCCUGCUUGGCCACGCGCUGCAGAAACACGGGGCCAGUCCCGCCUUGCAGAAACAGAUUCAGCAGCUGGAGGGUCACCUGAGCCUGGGCAGAAAGCUUCUACGCCUGGGUAAUUCAGCAGAUGCCCUUGAGUCAGCCAAACGGGCAGUGCACCUCUCAGAUGUUGUCCUGAGGUUCUGCAUCACUGUGAGUCACCUCAAUCGAGCCUUGUACUUCGCCUGUGACAAUGUUCUGUGGGCUGGAAAGUCUGGAUUAGCGCCGCGUGUGGAUCAGGAGAAGUGGGCCCAGCGCUCAUUCAGGUACUACCUGUUUUCCCUCAUCAUGAAUUUGAGCCGUGAUGCUUAUGAGAUUCGCCUGCUGAUGGAACAAGAGUCUUCAGCUUGUAGCAGGCGACUGAAGAGUGCUGGAGGGGGCGCCCCAGGAAUCGAAACUGGGGAGCCCGGGGGCGCAGGGGCUCCGGGAGGAGGCCUGCCUCAGCUGGCUCCGAGGCUUCGACUCCGACUCCUGCUCCUGGCUCGGGCCCUUCGAAGCCACCCCCCGCUUCUGCUGGACGUGGUCAGGAAUGCCUGCGAUCUCUUCAUUCCCCUGGACAAACUAGGCCUCUGGCGCUGUGGUCCUGGGGUCGUGGGGCUCUGUGGCCUCGUGUCCUCCAUCCUGUCUAUUCUCACUUUAAUCUGCCCUUGGCUGAGGCUCAAGCCCUGACACCCUGGCACAGGAUAAGGAGGGGACCCGGUGGGCGGGGUGGAGCCUUGGACCGUCCCGCCGCAUCGCCCCCAUUCUGCUCCUUGCUUAAAGUCAGUCAGAGGUUAGGGAGAGGGAGAAGCCUGGGUGGAGGAGGCGAGGAGGGGUCGUGAAGUCAAGUCUAGUGUUCAGCUCUGCCAGAGCAUUUGUCCUCCUCUCGCUUCACCCCAUUGUCUGUGUCUCAACUCUUACAUGGUCUCUCCUCUGUCUGUUUAAGAUUCUGUUUCUGCAUCUCUUUACCUCCUAGUUCUCUGUCCUAGGAAUUUAAUCAGAAGAAUUACUUUUAGGUAAGGGAGAGAGAAGCUGUGAGCUGUAGCUUCCAAAUGCCUUCUUUUUCCUCUCAAAGAUGACUUGUGGCAGAUACGACCCCCUUCAAACUCCGAAUCAGAUUUUAAAGACGUUACGUCCAGCGGACUUUUCCCUCAUACACCAGAGGCGGUUUGAUGCUCCCUUGUCCCUCCUCGUGUCUACCUCGCCCACCCACCUCCUCAUGACUUGGCCCUUAACCUUCCUCCAGUCAUACCUGAAGGUUUCUGCCCACACUUUGAUUUUAGGGCGCUGUUCCCUAGUCUUUUCCUACCCGUUCUUUGCCUACCCAGAACGAUGCUGUGCCUAGCAUCUUGCUGUAAAUACUGUACAGUGAUCUUGUGUAAAUAGCUGCGGCACACGCCCACAAUGGAGCGAAGACCUCCUGGCCAGCAGAUUAAAGUUCGGUUUGCUCACUGG